CAACUCGUCCAUCGUCCAAUAAUGUCCCACCACGUGUCAGCGUCAACAUUCGGAGAACCAAAAGAAUUGGCUGGUAAAAUAUAAGCGGCGAGGCGACCCCUACGCUUGAGGAUUCGUGAAAAAGAGACGUUCCAAAAAUCCUUCUUUCCUCUUCCGCUUUGUCCCUCGGCUCCGUCUGCACCCUUCCCAGAUCUGAUAGCUUAAUCUUCAUGAAUUCAAGAACUACUGAAGUAUCCGUGUUUUCCUGUAAGUCGGGAAACAGAAACAACCCCUUCUUUAUCUGGAUUUUGUUCUGUUUAUUGCCAAAAUUCCAAGGAACUCCUUUUGCAUUCGUGAGUUUCCUCUUGGUUAAGGCAAUUGACAGGAGUCCUUCUGGAGCACUGGCCUUUGAGACUUUUGGGUAGAUAAAUCCAUAGCAGGGAUCAAUUCCAGUAUCUACCUGAAGUUAGCAUCCCUGCUCCAUACUUGAAAAAUGGUUUCCUCUCAGCUACCUAGCUUGACCAAGGCCCGCAUGUGCAAACCAAUUCAGACACAGUUGCUUUUUCCUACGGUUACAAUGGAUGCUGUAGUUUCAGAUCACGUGGAGCUUGAUUUCGAUGAUGUUUUUGGCCCUCUACCAGUUCAGGCCUCUGUAGAAGUGAAUUAUGGUGAUUCGGCUAAUUCUGCCGCCGUCGAAGAUGCCACUGAGCUUAUUUAUGAUAAUCCAGUGGUAAUUCAUAACCGAUCACAUUCUUUGGUUGGUCCCUCAUCGUUUGUAAGCCAAUCAUUGAAGCUCAGCAAACUGACUAUAAGUGACAUGGAAGAUUCAGUGGAACUGGUAGAGUGUGUCAAUGGAGAUACCAUCAAAGAAUUUCAAGAACCUUUAAUUGAUGAUGGUGUCACUGAAAAGACUCUUGAAAAUGAUGAGGAAAUCUCCAUGAAGAUCGAGAGUGUAGGCAUUGAAGAUUUUGAGGUUUUGAAGGUUGUUGGGCAGGGUGCAUUUGCAAAAGUAUACCAGGUGAGGAAGAAAGGGACAUCAGAAAUUUAUGCAAUGAAGGUCAUGCGGAAGGACAAGAUCAUGGAGAAGAAUCAUGCUGAAUACAUGAAAGCUGAGAGGAAUAUUCUAACAAAAAUUGAUCAUCCAUUCAUUAUCCAGCUUAGAUACUCAUUUCAGACCAAAUAUAGACUAUAUCUCGUGCUGGAUUUUGUUAAUGGUGGUCACCUUUUCUUUCAGCUCUAUCACCAAGGUCUAUUUAGAGAGGAGCUGGCUCGAAUAUAUGCUGCUGAGAUUGUUUCUGCGGUUUCUCACCUCCAUGCAAAUGGAAUAAUGCAUAGGGAUCUUAAACCUGAAAAUAUCCUAUUGGACACAGAUGGCCAUGCCAUGUUGACUGAUUUUGGUCUAGCGAAGCAACUUGAAGAGAAUACGAGAUCUAAUUCUAUGUGUGGAACUGUUGAAUACAUGCCACCCGAAAUAGUUCUUGGAAAGGGCCACAAUAAGGCUGCAGACUGGUGGAGUGUGGGAGUCCUAUUGUUUGAGAUGCUAACUGGAAAGCCUCCUUUUACUGGGAACAGGGAGAAAAUUCAGCAGAAGAUAGUUAAGGAAAAGAUCAAGUUGCCAUCCUUUCUGUCCAGUGAAGCACAUUCUCUGUUGAAAGGGCUGCUACAGAAGGAUGCAAGCCACCGCCUUGGUAGUGGGCCUUUGGGGUGUGAGGAAAUCAAACGCCACAAAUGGUUUAAGCCAAUAAAUUGGAAAAGAUUAGAUGCUCGGGAAAUCCAACCAAGCUUUCGUCCUCAAGUUUCUGGGAAGCAGUGCAUUGCCAAUUUCGAUAAGUGCUGGACUGACAUGUCAGUUGUGGAUUCUCCAGCUGCUAGCCCGAAUGCUGCUGGAAACCCCUUCACCGGCUUCAGUUAUGUUAGGCCUGUGGCCUCUUUUCUUAAGAAGGAUAGCCACAUGUACUAGCAUGUGUUGCCCCAAGAUGCAAGUUUUCGAGCUCUGUUUUCCUUCUUGCAUUCUUAAUGAUGAAACUCUGUAAGUUGCUUGAAAAAAGCAGUAGCCAAGAGAGGUUUAUCUUAGCAGUGUUCUCUUGAGACUACACAAUCUUAAAACCUUUGCAGAUGCAUAUGCUGAACUCUGAAGCUUGUAUGCCUUUUGCUGAAAUAAGUAUUAAUAUAUCCACAUUUUAAUUUUAAUUU